GCGCUUCUUUGGGUCAGCUUCUGAGGAAUUGCAUACAGUCUCACCCUUUUGUGUAGCAGAUUAUGCUAAUUCGCCAUCUAGUGGGCCAUAUGUGAUGGCAUCGCCGAUAAUUCCGGAGUCAAAUACAGAUACGGUGGUAUCUGCUAAGGCGGGGGUGACAACACCGAGUAAGCAACAAGUUGUGUUGGCGUCAGGGCAGCCGGAGGUGUUCACACCGGCAGCUUUCAAGACACCUACCAACAGUAUCGCAGCAGAUGAGCUAGUUCUGGACAAAGCCAAGAGGCGUGCUGCUAUUAGGAACCUGGAUAACCCGGCAGGGACAUACCCACCAGGUUAUCUACUCAACUACGCACUGGCUCCGUACAUGGGCUAUCCUUCAGAAGUAUACUUUGCAGGACAAGCUUGUAGCGGCCUCUCAUUUCUUGGCACAGGUGGCCAAGGUUUUUUUUGCCCGGGCACAUGGGUGGCGGUCUAGUCUUCGGAUUGACAGUCAUUAGUGUGGAAGGAUCUUUAUCAAACUCUUUUUAGGCUGUGUGUCGUUUAGGCAGAGGUCGGGAAAUUUUCAAGACGAUGUAUCACCUUGAUGUAUUGUGCUUGAAAUCAAUAAAAUUUCCCUUUUCAAAAA